CCAAUUAGGGUUUUAGGCUUCUCCAUUAGAAGGGAUUUUCUUCAGUUUGCAGCUUCAAAGUUGAAAAUGGUGAAGGGACGCCAAGGAGAGCGUGUGAGACUCUAUACCAGAGGAACGGUUCUCGGAUACAAGAGGUCGAAGUCGAAUCAGUAUCCGAAUACUUCAUUGGUUCAGAUCGAGGGAGUGAACACUCAGGAGGAAGUAGAUUGGUACUUAGGGAAACGUAUGGCUUAUGUAUACAAGGCGAAAACAAAGAAGAAUAACUCACAUUAUCGCUGUAUUUGGGGAAAAGUUUGUAGGCCUCAUGGAAACAGUGGUAUUGUUAGAGCUAAGUUCAAGUCCAAUUUGCCACCAAAGUCCAUGGGAGCUAAAGUUAGAGUUUUCAUGUACCCAAGCAACAUAUAAGCAAGGUACUAAGUCGAUGCAUGCUUGGACGCCCUACAUUUGUCUAUCAUUAGUUAUGAAGGAUUUGAAUCUUUAAUAGUAGUUGGACAUAACUUGUUUUGGGCUAUGUGGAGUUACAUUUUUAGUCUAUUUGUUUAUCAUGUACUGGGAAACACCAAUGAGUGAAACAUCUGAUUAGAUGUCGUCUAAUUUUGUUCUUGGAGUUUCUACAUACAAUCAUUUAGUUCUCUUUGCUCUUAAAA